AUGUUAGAAGACACUCCCCAACCGAAGCCCUUCAGGGCGAUCAUCGUCGGUGGCGGCCUGCUGGGCUUAACAGCAGCGCAUAUCUUUGCUAAGACGGAUAUGGACUAUGUGGUGCUUGAACAGCAUCAUGACUUGAUGCCGAAGAUCGGGUCGUUGCUCUCGCUGAUGCCCCAUACCUUUCGUGUACUUGACCAGCUGGAUGCGCUGGAUGCUGUCUCGUCCGUAGUGACGCGCGUUGACCAAAACGUCUUCAUGUCUGCCGAUGAUGCAACUAUUUGGAAGGCCGAGAAGCUGGCUCAACUGAUCGAGACCAAUCACGGGCACGGCGUUCGUAUCGUGCAUCGGCCACACUACGUGGAGGCGCUGUACAAAAGCUUGCCCGAAUCGGCCAAGGCACGCAUCCAUGUACGGAAGCGCGUUGUACGUAUAGAUGUCACCGAUGACGGCGUAACGGUGCACUGCGCAGACGGCAGCGUCGAGCACGGCUCGAUAGUAAUCGGGGCGGACGGUGUACAUAGCCGCACGCGCCAAACUAUGCAGUCUCUCGCAGCGGGCCUGCCGGCAGACACGGAGCAGCCGAGCCCAUUCAUAACGACGUAUCGCCUGCUAUUCGGUAACCUUCCGCCGCUGCAGGGUCUCGAGUCUGGCACGAAUUAUGAGUGCGCCGCAACCGGGGUGUCGACUCAGAUCUUGACCGGCACGAAGCAGGCGUGGCUCGCUAUCUAUGAGAAAAUCGAGACGCCAACCUCAAAACGUCUGCGCUGGACCGAGGACGACAAGCAGGAAAUCCUGAAAAAAAGGGGCCAUCUUUAUGUGGCACCAGGAUAUACCCUCAAUGACGUCUAUUACCGCUGCAGCGGUGCCGUUGGUCUGAUAAACCUCGAAGAAGGCCUCCUGGAUACGUGGGCCUGGAAGCGCAUAGUGCUGGUCGGUGACGCGGUGCGCAAGCUCGAGCCGCACGCCGGACUAGGCUAUAAUUCGGGGGUGUCGGACCUCGUGGAACUCGCCAACAGACUCCAGAGGCUCACACGAGAGAAGACUACAUCGUCGUCUCCAAUCAGGACGGCGGAUCUCGAAGACGUGUUCCACGCAUACCAGGCCCAGCGCAUGGAGGACACCCCGACCAUCAUUUCCAUGUCGGAGAAAAGGGCGCGAAUGUGCGCAUGGCUUACGACGAAAGACUGGUUUAUGGCGCGUAUCAUAUUCCCUUGGUUGCCGCUCGGCGAGUGGAGUGUCAAGAGCAUCCUCGGGCCCGUGAUCAGUCGCGCGCCGGUGCUGGACUGGCUCAACGAGAAACACUUGCCUGCGAGGGCUACGCCGUAUGUGCACCACCCCAAGUUGGUGACGAAAAAGAUCGUGAACUAUAAUGACACGCCUGCGCCGUCUACAUCUAGACUGCCGCUUCUGACUGGGACGAUUGUGCUCGCGGCAGUGGUGACGGUUGGGUUCCGGCUUCACAGGAGGCUAUGA